CAAAUUUCCACUGCAGAAAAAAAUAAUGGAGUGAAUUUCGUGAAGAUGAUAGUAUUUUCGAUAUUUCGAUUAAAUAUAUUUAGGAAAUAUUCCUAACGCUCAUAUUAUUGUUACUAGUAUAAUUUAGCUUAAAACAUUAUGGGUAAAAAUAAAAUGAUAGCCAAGAGCUGCCCAAAAUGCGAGAUGCAGGUGGCGGUGGCAUCUAAAGCCUGUAAGUGCGGGCACACGUUCUUCCUGUCCCGGCGGGCGGCCGACGUGCUCCCCUCCCCCCCAGACGAGCUGCGCCGGCGCACCCAGCGCGUGCGCCGCAACCAGCCGCAGUUCUACGACGCGCAGCACUACCAGAAGCAGAAGAGACGGUCACCAAAGAAGCGGUCGCUCUCUGGCUCCAUCGACGAGUCGUACAAGACCAACCAGAAGGAAGCUGCGGGCGCGGCGGGCGGUCGGCGCCGACGAGCGCUGCGGCGCGCGGGCCGCCCGCCAGCGGCCGGCGCCGCCGCCGCCGCCGCGCCGCCGCGGCCGGCGCUGCGGCCCGCGCAGCUGGCGCGCUGCCGGCUCAUCCUGCAGGAGAUCAACCGCAAGAUGCAGGCCGUCGUGUGGCACCCGCCCGGGGACUGCUAGCCGCGCGGGGGGCGCGGGCGGGACGGGGUCAUUGCACUGGGCGCCUAUAAUAUCGGCUGCUUGUUGGAUACGACGCCAUGGUUGCCAGGAUAAACAAAUUAGUCCGAGUCGACGAGCGAUGUCACCAACCAUCUGUUGAAAACUAUAUAAAUAUCAUGGUUUAAGAAGACCAGCUAUGCUCAAUCCUAUGACAUGCCGCCAUUGCUAGUAUUUGCUAGCCCUUGAUGACGUAAGUGUUACCAUUAAAUUGGUAUCUCCAACAUUCCAAGGAACUAAUUAUUGAAAAUUAAGUGAAUUACUGACUAAUGUAUUUAAUUACUAUUACUCGUCACAUAUGUAUAAGUAAUUAAAACUGUAAGUAAAUCUUUUACUAAAAGUUCAAAAUUAAAUAUAAAAACAUUGGUUGUGGGUGAUUUAUUUUUUGGCAACACAGGGUGAGAUGACCUUGAAAUGUUAGCUGUCACUAUUGAGCAUACCUGCUUUUCUUAUACUAUGAUUGAAUCAUUCCAUCUUUGGAGCCUAUUGCGUCCGGGGGACGGAAACAAUCAUGAGAGCAGUCAUUCAUACACGCUGCAGUUGAUUAUUGACGCCAAAACUCACAUAACACACACAGUAGCAAAAUAAUCGCAUACUAAAAUUAAAAAAAACAUGUUGACUAUUGAUUUUUAUGUCGCUAUUCGUCUGUACUUACGUUUACGUUUCGUUAAUAAGUUUAUAUAUCCGUAAGUGACAAUAGACGAGCGCCGUCAGUCAUACCUUCGCACCACAGCAAUCAAGGCCACCGUGGUUGAGCGAAGGGCUCACGGAGGUCCCGGGUUCAAAUCGGAGUACCUAUAAACUGUGUAAAGAAUUUUUGAACGUGUAAUAAGUAUACUGUUAUUGAUAAUAAUAUACUUAGCGUGUUUAGUUCUAUAGAUACUUUCUAUUGAUAUUCUAUAAACUAAUAAUACGAAACAUGACGUAAAGUGACCAAAAAUUGCCAUAAUGAAGUUAAAAACACGGUUCUUUUAUUGUUGUAGGCGAGUUUUCAACGGUUUAAAACGAUUUAUUUGGGGUUUAAAACGUUUUAAAUCGGUUGUGUUACGUCUGUAUGCGUGACCUUGUAAAUAAUAUAAAUGUUACGUUCUCAAUGUGAUUCCUUGUAGUUGUAAUUAGAUUUUAUAAUUAAUUAAAUAAUUAUGCGUAAAUAAAAAAUGGUCAUUAUUGAA